AUGGUGCUUCUCUCUGUCAUCAAUCCCAGGUCCAAUGAGCGGCUGGCGGAGGCCAACACCAAGCUGAUGAGUGAGCGCCACCGCAGCAAGUCCCUGAUAGCCAGCAGCAUCGUCAACGGCAGCCUGGGUGCGCCCCUGGACAUGGGCUCCCUGGGGUCGGUGGGUGCCUACGGGGCCACGCUGGGGCCCCUCAACAGGAGCCUGGGAGGAUCUCUCCUCAGCCCCCUGGGGGAUGGGGGCCAGAGCAGCAGGGUGGAGGCUUACCUGGCUAAGGUGAGCCGAGCGUUCUGAUCAGCAGGCUGACUGAAUUCUGAAUGGCAAUAGAAAAUAUGCAGGGACUGUGCUCCACAUUGCUUAAAGGGAUAGUUCACGUUUUUGAAGAUUUUGUAUAUUUUUGACUUGACUUAACCUUUUUGACUUGUGAGGGGAUGUUGCAUUGUGUUUCCAUGCAUUCAGAUGUCCUUGGUUUACUUUUGACCAUUUUUGUAACAUAUCCCAUCUCCAUGGUGUCAUAAUUGGGAGUCAGCAGUGUACUUUUUAUGUUCUUUUUAUGUAACUGAAAGAGUAGUUAGUUACAUUGUAGUUAAUUUUUUUUAUAAAAGUGGCUGUCGUUAAAUUAAACUUAAUGACUAAACUGUUCUAAUGCUUUGCUUACAAUUCUUUCCAAGUGCUGUCUUUCUUCCUCUUCUCACUAGACCUACAGUGAGGGAAAAAAGUAUUUGAUCCCCUGCUGAUUUUGUACGUUUGCACACUGACAAAGACAUGAUCAAUCUAUAAUUUUAAUGGUAGGUUUAUUUGAACAGUGAGAGACAGAAUAUCAACAAAAAAAUCCAGAAAAACGCAUGUCAAAAAUGUUAUAAAUUAAUUUGCAUUUUAAUGAGGGAAAUAAGUAUUUGACCCCUCUGCAAAACAUUACUUAGUACUUGGUGGCAAAACCCUUGUUGGAAAUCACAGAGGUCAGACGUUUCUUGUAGUUGGCCACCAGGUUUGCACACAUCUCAGGAGGGAUUUUGUCCCACUCCUCUUUGCAGAUCUUCUCCAAGUCAUUAAGGUUUCGAGGCUGACGUUUGGCAACUCGAACCUUCAGCUCCCUCCACAGAUUUUCUAUGGGAUUAAGGUCUGGAGACUGGCUAGGCCACUCCAGGACCUUAAUGUGCUUCUUCUUGAGCCACUCCUUUGUUGCCUUGGCCGUGUGUUUUGGGUCAUUGUCAUGCUGGAAUACCCAUCCACGACCCAUUUUCAAUGCCCUGGCUGAGGGAAGGAGGUUCUCACCCAAGAUUUGACAGUACAUCGUCCCUUUGAUGCGGUGAAGUUGUCCUGUCCCCUUAGCAGAAAAACACCCCAAAAGCAUAAUGUUGCCUCCUCCAUGUUUGACGGUGGGGAUGGUGUUCUUGGGGUCAUAGGCAGCAUUCCUCCUCCUCCAAACACGGCGAGUUGAGUUGAUGCCAAAGAGCUCGAUUUUGGUCUCAUCUGACCACAACACUUUCACCCAGUUCUCCUCUGAAUCAUUCAGAUGUUCAUUGGCAAACUUCAGACAGCCCUGUAUAUGUGCUUUCUUGAGCAGGGGGACCUUGCGGGCGCUGCAGGAUUUCAGUCCUUCACGGCGUAGUGUGUUACCAAUUGUUUUCUUGGUGACUAUGGUCCCAGCUGCCUUGAGAUCAUUGACAAGAUCCUCCCGUGUAGUUCUGGGCUGAUUCCUCACCGUUCUCAUGAUCAUUGUAACGCCACGAGGUGAGAUCUUGCAUGGAGCCCCAGGCCGAGGGAGAUUGACAGUUAUUUUGUGUUUCUUCCAUUUUCGAAUAAUCGCACCAACUGUUGUCACCUUCUCACCAAGCUGCUUGGCGAUGGUCUUGUAGCCCAUUCCAGCCUUGUGUAGGUCUACAAUCUUGUUCCUGACAUCCUUGGAGAGCUCUUUGGUCUUGGCCAUGGUGGAGAGUUUGGAAUCUGAUUGAUUGAUUGCUUCUGUGGACAGGUGUCUUUUAUACAGGUAACAAGCUGAGAUUAGGCACACUCCCUUUAAGAGUGUGCUCCUAAUCUCAGCUCGUUACCUGUAUAAAACACACCUGGGAGCCAGAAAUCUUUCUGAUUGAGAGGGGGUCAAAUACUUAUUUCCCUCAUUAAAAUGCAAAUCAAUUUAUAACAUUUUUGGAUUGGAUUUUUUUGUUGUUAUUCUGUCUCUCACUGUUCAAAUAAACCUACCAUUAAAAUUAUAGACUGAUCAUUUCUUUGUCAGUGGGCAAAUGUACAAAAUCAGCAGGGGAUCAAAUACUUUUUUCCCUCACUGUAUAUAUGACUAAAUGUCCAUCCUGUAUCACCUCUAUUCUUCUCUCGCCAUCUUUCCUUUCCUCCUAUUCUUCUAGAGUUUUCUUAUAUUGGGACUUUGUGCCUAACCUCUCUUCUAUUUCUCAAUCCUUCAGCUUCUAGCUCAAAAGUCUGUCUCUCAUCUCUCCUCUGUUCAGCCAGACUCAUGACCAGGUGUGUAGGUGUGUGUUAGCUGACUGACCUGCACCUGCUGCUGCUUCACUCUCCUCUGACCCUCCCCCCUCACCUUCCCAUUGGCCCACGCUUGCAGCACUCCACACGUAACCAUGGUUUCACAGCAUGUGAGAGGGGGUGCAUUUGUUUUAGCUUGGCCAGUGCCCCAGGUGGGCGGAGUUUUCUCUUUAUGACAAAUAGAAUGGGCUAAAAUCUGCAAACUCCACCCACCCGGUGCACCAGAUGACCAAAAGUGAAUGCACCCAGUUCUAGUUCAGUUAGUUUUAGGGCUACACAUUGUAGCUGCACUAGUGUCCUAUCAAGUAAUGCAGGGUCACGUUCAGUUUGGCAAACGUUGCAGAUAGAAAUGGCACGUAUAAACCAGGUGUAAUUCCUUAUUCUACAUGUCAGAGAGGCAUGGUUGCUCGACAUCAGGGCUCUCAACCCUGUUCCUGGAGAGCUACGCUCCUGUAGGUUUUGCUCCAACCCCAUUUGCAACUAACCUGAUUCAGCUUAUUUAUUAGAAUCAGGAGCUCUAGAUUAGGGUUGGAGCUAAAACCUAAAGGACGGUAGCUCUCAAGGAACAGGGUUGGAGACUCUGCUCUACAUUAUAGGCCUACAUUUUACAUCGGAACAUUCCAUAACGUUGUGUCCCACUGAACGCAGCCCAGUUGUCACAGAUGUCAAAACUAUGAUUUCGCAUUUUAGAGAGGAAUUGAGAGAAAUACAAUUUGGGGGAAAUCCUUGAGAAAUUCUGGUCGAAACCCUUCUGAAUUCCCUGAACCCGUUUUGCUGUGACAACUGUCUGUCAUAGGAGAUUUUCUUUAGUAACGAUUUGACGGUUUGGGAUGUCAUUCAUUUCAAUUCAGUAUGAAUGUAGCCCAGUAAUGUUUAUUUAAAUAUCUUAACAUACAGAUUUAGCCAUCUUUUGACCAUCUGCCAUUCCAGACAUAUUUUGUUAAUUUAUGAAAAAAUCAGGCCUUUCAUAGAGUAUCUUGGUGAAACAGCUUGAACAGGGAUUUAAUUGUUGGACACAUGUUUUAGUCAACUUUUCACAACAUUCGCACACAAAUGUUUCAGGAACAAUUGAAUAGAUUCAAAUUAAAUACAAUGUGUUCUAGAUCUGUUCAAUAAAACUGCAGCAAAAGCAGCUACUGUAUUGUCUUGCUGAGGUGUUGUGCUUGUUGAAAUGAUCAAAAUGGAGACUCCUCAGAGGAGGAAGGGGAGGACCAUCCUCAGUGAAUUUCAUAAAAAUAGUGAAACAUUAAAAAAAUCUAUCAUUUUUAUAUAAAACUAUACUAAAAAUAUUAACGUCACCAAAUAGUAGCGUAGCUUCGACAGCACUCUGUAGGGUAGCACCAUAGUGUAGCCGGAGGACAGCUAUUUUCCAUCCUCUACAUUAUUUAUUUAAUCUUUUUACAUUUUAUUCAUUUAGCAGACGCUCUUAUAUAGAGCGACUUACAGGAGCAAUUAGGGUUAAGUGCCUUGCACAAGAGCGCAUCGACAGAUUUUUCACCAAAUCGGCUCAGGGAUUCGAACCAGUUACUGGCCCAAUACUCUUAACCGCUAGGCUACCUCCUCUGGGUACAUUGAUCUCAAUACAAAACCUAGGAGGCUCAUGGUUCUCACCCCCUUCCAUAGACUUACACAGUAAUUAUGACAACUUCCGGAGGACAUCCUCCAACCUAUUAGAGCUCUUGCAGCAUGAACUGACGUUGUCCACCCAAUCAAAUGAUCAGAGAAUGAAUCUAGUACUGAAAGCAUAAGCUACAGCUAGUUAGCACUGCAGUGCAUAAAAUGUGAAAGACAAUAGUUGAACAGUUUUGAACAAAUAUAUUUGUUUAAAUAUGAAGAAGCAAGAGAGAGAGAGCGAGAGAGCUAGCUAUAUUUAGUAAAAAUAAAAAAAUAAACUUUCACUUAGCUAGCGAAUGUAGCUAGCUGGUUUAGCCUACUCAAACACCUUUAUCAAACAGAGAGGGAUGCUGUGUUAGCUAGCUGGCUAUGGCUAUCCAACACUGGAACUCUUCCAAAUCAAGGUAAGCUUUUGGGUGUAUUAAUUUAUUGCCACCGGGGCCCGCCGGUGUAACUGCUAAACUGCUUGCUGACUGUACUGCGUGAUUGUAUCGGGUUUACUAACAUGUAGGUUGUAGUAGCUAUGUUGACUAUGACAUUAGCUAAUAUGGUUUGGCUUGGAACGUUUUUUUUGCCUGGUCAUAGCUGAUGGGUUGUGCACUGAAGUCCACAAGCGAAGGGAAAAGGUGAGAGGAGAGCACAUAGAUGCGAGAAGGAAUUAUACAACGGGCAAAAUGAUCAUGCUGUUUGUAUGUGGCUGCUAUGAAAACUGUGUUUGCGUGUUAUCAGGGGUGUAUUCAUUCCUCAGAUUCUGUUGAAAAACGUAUUUGAAACUGAAAAUGUCAAUAUCAUGUUAGUAGCCUAAACCUAUCGAUGUUACAUCGAGCUGGGUGAAUGGAAUAUGAAUGACAGUCAACCAAUAUGUUGUAAUAGAAAUAAGGCCAUGCUCAUAAAAACAAUUAGCGUCCUCCCUCAUCUUAAAUGUCACCGACUGCCACUGACCUCCCAGUAAAAUAAUCGAACAAUGAACACUGUUCAGUUGGUGUAAUUCAACCACUACAGAAAUACCAUUUGUAGGCUGAAGCAGAGCUUUGCUUGCAUGCUCUGUUGUGUUUCAAAAAUUGCAGUGCUUUUUCUCAUGCAGUUCUGUCUGCCUUUUUCAUCAAGCACAUUUUACCAACAUUAGCUUAUGUUCAGUGCAUUUAAUACCAACAAGUAAAGCGGGCAAUUUUCCUAUUUUUAUGGAAAAUGGUCUUCUACUUUUCAGAUGGUGCAAGUUCUUGUUGUUUUAUAAGGAUAUCCAUUAUAAAAAUAUAUAUAAAAAUGCUGAAAAUUGUUUCUUCUUUAAAAGCCCACAGCAGUGAUAAAGCUUUUGGUUAUACCAAAAUAGCUCAGAAUAUGCUUGCUCUUCUUUUCUAGAUGCAGAAUGAAUUGGAGAGAAACAUAUCAAAGGAGUUGGACCAUGGUAAGUGUUUAUGCAGGGACUAAAUUCAGUCCAAAACAUAUGACACGUUUGAUAAUGUUAUCAUUUUAAUAACAGAAUAUAACAGAAUUGUAUUUUCAGAUCUGGAAAUGAUGAUGUAUUUGUUUUAAAAUUCUAAUACUAGAGGAACAAGUCCAGAUUACUGCAAAAAAUAUAUAUAUUUUACACACUAGCUUAGAAAUUAAGGGUCCUGAACAGUCAUUCGGAUUUCCAUGUAAAAUAGCCUUUUGAGUGACAGAAAUAUCACCUAUAAUAUUUUAAAGAGAAGGUACUUUCUGUCAUGGCUAAAUGCCUGGAAGUUUGAAAAGACAGGCUGAGUGAGCGGGGAGCUUAUAUUCAUGAGCUUGCCUUGACUGACAGCUCGUUGAAACACCAAUGUCAAGAAACUUGGAUGCAGUGUUGCAGUAAAAUAAUCUCAAGCCAAUUUGGUGAUACACAAAGCAACUCAAACAACAUUGAUAUUGCAUAAAUAGCUAGGUUUCCAUCCAAUUGGCAACAGAUUUUAAUGCAAAUAUGAGAAAAUCCACAUUAAAAGAAAAUGUGCCUACUCUGGCCAACAGCUCGCAGAUACAGUGUGGGUAGGAUCUGCAGGUAGGCUAGUCUACAUUGUGGAUAAGAGCGAGAAUGUUUUUAUUUGUCAAAAUGGCAGUAAAGCAUUGACUAUCAUGUCAUCAUAAUUUAUUUCAUCUGUAGCCUAAUUUAAACCGCAUGGAUUCCCGAGUCGUAGUGGAAGGACCACACACACCAUGUCAUCACAUGACACCAAGUUUACUUCGAUAUAAUGGUUAUUAUAUCAAUAUUCUCGCAUAAAGGCGUUUCCACCACCAUUUCUUGCAUUAUACAUUUCACCGACCCAAAGAUCCCACCAUGUCGAACGAACAAAUUAUAUGUCUGCGUUUUUAAAAUUGUACCGAAACUCCUGUUUCCAUCACAGCUGUCGUGAUAAUUUUUUUAAAUAAUCACAUAAAAACUGUGGAUGGAAACGUGGUUAUUGAUGUCAAUUUGUUUUAUACAUCUCCUGUUUGGCAUGUCUAUUGUGAUGCGGUUCACAGCAACACUGACAGAUGUGUUGGCAUGACAACUGCGUCAGAGUUUUGAAUGACCCUUCCCCCUCUUUUGUUCCAUGCUGGCUGAAGACCUAGCUAGCCAGUAACUAGCUAACACCCGACACAGAUGAAAGGGGAAACAUAAAAGUAUCUUUGCCAUAGAUGAACAGUGUGAACUUUUAAUUAUAUUUGCUGACACCCUACAGUCAAAUUUUGGAACCAGUAGAGUAGCUAUCUAGCUAUAUAAACCACGGCCCUCUGAAAACACACCUUCUUCCAUGUUGGUUACAAGGCGGUACUUAUUUAAAUUAGGUAAGAGAAUAUGAUGUUACCAUUGGUGUAUUAAAAUGAGCAUUAGGGUGAUGCCACACUAUCCCCUUAAUAAUCCCGACUCCUGAAUCCAAGUGUUUGACAUGUGGGAGGGGACCAGUAACUGUAUGAUCAAACUUUAUCAAUGUAGAAGCAACAGUCAUUUUUCAUACUUUGGUCAUCAUGCUUUGAUCUGGUUUCAUCCAAAUAUCAUCCAAUUCCAUGAAGAACAUGAUUUUGACUGUUCAUACCUUUAAGCAUUUCUUUCUCUCCCCGUCUCUCUCUCUCUCCCCUCCCUGUCUUCUCUCUCUUCAGCGACAGCAGAGCUGGAGGGCUCUGCCCGGAUGUCUCCGGUGGGCUCUGCCUCAGGCUCCCCUACCAGCCUGGGUCGGGGUCUCAGUGUGGUGGAGGACCCAGUCAGCAGGGCCACACAGCAGUACCUGGAGGUGCUCAAGAAAAACUAUAUGAUUUGA